ACAAUUUUUUACACUUGUUAUUCUCAUGUUUAAUGUGCAUAUAAGUAGCUAUGACAAAUGUUACUAAAAACAUUAUCUUAUGUACAAGCUCAUCUAGUGAAACGGAUAGUAAAGAAAGUCAUUACAAAACGUGCCUAUCAGAAAUAAAUGUAGAUUGCAAAGUUUUGGAAGUUUUAGACUUUGAGUUUGUCAAUUUAGAUGAAUUAAAAAGUCGCCUACUUGAUUCAGAUUCUUAUUCAGGUUUAAUAUUAACAAGUCCAAGAACAGUCAUAGCUUUGAAUUUGGUAAAAACAAACAACCAAUCAUCUUUCGAACCAUGGGAAGAAAAACUUAGUUUCUGUAUAGGACCAUCUACAGAAAUGAUUGCAAAAAAACAACUUGGCUUGAAAAAUGUUUUGGGUACUGAAAGUGGAAACGCCAAAAAUCUUGCUAAUUUUAUAAUAAAAACUAUGACGAAUUACUUGGACAAACCUCUGCUACUGCCAUGUAGUGAAAUAGCUAAAAACACUAUACCAAAAAUGUUAUCAGAUGCAGGAAUGAUUGUUGAAAAGUUAGUUGUAUACAAAACAAAAGCCAAAGAUGGCUUGGAAGAAGCAUUGCAUAAAACGUUGGGAAAAUUACCCGAUGUAUUGGUGUUUUUCAGCCCAUCAGUGGUAGAAACAAUGAUAAACGUUUUGCAGAAUGCUAAACAUGUAUUAGAAAAAUCGAAAAUUAUUGCAAUAGGACCUGUAACUAAUGAAGCAUUAUUAAAUGCUAGAAUCAGAGUUGAUGGGGUCUCAGAGAAACCAGAACCCGAAGCCUUAGUUAAAGUUAUUAAGACUGUUAUGUAA